CGCUAGCUAGUUCUAUAACGAAGGUCGGAGACAAAUCACCGAACGAGCAAUGGGAGGGUAUACUGACUAUUUAUGCAUCGCGUCUCGUCAUUUAGAUCUAUGACGCCACUCAAGCUAGGCCCAGGUCGGGAAUAAGACCGACGAUGGACUGGGACGCAUAGCCGAGGAGACAGGCUAGGGAACAAGCAAUUCGUGCAUGAUAAUAGCCUCGUCCUCGUUCGGCGGGGUUCGAAUCACGUCCUGAACAGGGCAGGGGUGCAACACGGGAGCCCCGAUUAUGCAGGCUGGUAUCUCACAGGGUCCAUGGCGAGACUCCGUUGGUGGGAACUGGCGAACUGGACUACCAUCAUGUCUGUUUUGCGAGCUUCAGAACGGGGAGACCCCGCAACGAAUUGUCUGCUUGGUAGAAGAGUAUUGGUCUUCGUCCGGUGCCGGUCCAGUUAUCGAUGCAGAGAAGUAUGUAACGCCCUGCAUGAAAUGUCGGACACACGCCGCUGUGUCAAUAGUAAAAGUCAUACAGGAUCGUGAAGCCCCACACUCCUUGGUCAAAAGGUCGGGAGACCUGGGACACGUGUUCGGCGAUGACGAU